AUGGGUGUUAAUGUUGAUUUGGUGUCUCCUUGAUCUCUGAAGACCGCAGCAUUCACUGUUUCACUGAGGAUCAUAUCAUCUGGACAGGGAUCAUGGCCUACCAGUUCAAACUGGCUGAAAAACUGGUCAUACUCAAUGACCGGGGUCAAGGAGUGCUGAUUAGAAUGAACCACAUUAAAAAGGUAUGCACAGACCCAAAGCGAAGACCAUCAUACUUCACUGACAAAAGCACAGAGUCUGCCGUAAAAUAUAUCAACAGAAAAUUUCCCAACAUUGACAUUAGGGGUGGCAGUCAACAUCUGAGCAGCAUACAGAAGCAGAAGUCUGCCGUAUUGGAGGGCCUGCACAGUUACUAUGAGUCCUUCUUAGAUAUCAUGGAGUUCAGGGACAAUGUUUAUGAGUUGCUCAACACAAUAGAUGCCUGCCAGUGCUACUUUAACAUAGCUUCAAAUUUUGACCUCACCAAGAACUACCUGGACCUUGUUGUCACUUACGCCUCAGUAAUAUACAUGUUGUCCCGCAUUGAUGACAAGAAGGUGAUUGUCGGAAUGUAUAACUGUGCAUAUGAGUUCUCGAAUGGAAACAGUGAUCCCUCAUUCCCUCGACUUGGUCAGAUGUUUAUAGAGUAUGACCAUCCCUGGAAAAAACUUUCAGAGGAGUUUGGUCCCCACACCAAGUCUGUGACAGAGGCUCUUCUCUCACUGCAAAUGGUGUAUCCGCGGAGAAAUCUUUCUGCUGAGCAGUGGCGCAGCGCUCAGCUCUUGUCUUUGCUGGCAUCCCCGGCCGCCAUGCUCAGCCCUGCAUGCUGUGACACUAUGGCUUGUGAGUAUCUGUCCAUGGAGGUGAUGGAGCGCUGGAUCCUCAUUGGCUUCCUGUUGUGCCAUAGCAGUCUAAAUACCAAUGCUGGCUCUCAGAAUUUAUGGAAGAUGGCCCUCCGUAAUGGCCUGUACAUCACAGUCGUCAGAGACGAGGUUCUCAACAUACACAAGCUCUCAGAGGACUUCUUCGACAAUCUCAAAGGAUACAGUAAGCGCAUUCCCGACAUCAAAGAAUGUAAAGAGUAUGUCAUUACUAACUGUGGGGCAUUGCGGAGAGAGAAGCGCCAUUUCCUGAGAAGUGCCCUGAAGGAACUUACCAAAGUUUUGGAGGAUGAACCUGCACUGCUUGGACCCAAGGUUUUAUUUGUGUUCAUGGCGCUGUCAUUUUCCCGUGAUGAAGUGCUCUGGCUUGUGCGUCAUGCUGAGAAUAUCCCCAAAACCAAGACCCCAGAGGACUAUACAGACUCACAGAUGGCAGAGCUCCUCUACUACAUGGAAAAGCUGCGCACUCUAUUGGCUCAACACAGAUAUAUUAUACAACGCUACCAUCUUCAGUACUUGUCACAGUAUGAUGCUCUGGCGCUGAAUGACACCAUUCAGGGUAUGUUAGUCUGUCCAGAGGAAGAAUCAGUUCUUAUGUCAUCAUUUGUCUCAACUCUGUCUGCAAUGAGCCUCAAGCACUUGGAUGCUGGAGAAGAGUUUGACCUAAAACCAUUCAGACUGGACUGGUUAAGACUGCAGGCUUACACCAGUAUUGGUAAAGCUCCCCUGGCACUAAAGGACUACCCUGACCUUGCCAAGGUCAUGAACAUGGCCCAGUUUCACACUAGGAUGAUGGACAGUGUGAAUGAACUCCUCUGUGAGACAGCUGAUCUCUCUAUUUUCUGUUUCCACGCGCGUGUGUUUGAGAAGCUGUUCUCUCAGAACAGUGAGGAUGUGUCCAUGCAGCGCUACCUCAUGGCUUUCCCAGUCAUCUGUUCACACUUCAAUCAGUGUCUCCAUCCGCUCUGUCCAGAGGAGAAUGAAGAAAUAGAGAACCAAAGCUUGAAGCUGUGUGUGACCUUUCUGGAGGAGAUUUCACGUCAGACGUGUACGGUUGUUCUGGAGAUAUGUGCUGAACAAUGUAACCUACAUGAGAAGCUAUUGCCCAAACACAGUGCUGAGACCAUCAGUACAGCACGCAAUAAAAAACUGAAAAAGUCAUUACCAAAGAAAGGAGAUGUGCCUAAAGAGAAACCAGGGACGGAAAGCCUCAGGAAGGACAGAGUUAUUGUCACAAAUCUGGAUAAGAUGCACCAGGCGCUGACAGAACUGUGCACUUCCUACAAUAUCUGUGCUGAUUUCACUGUGUUUAAACACAUCAUUGUACCUGCUGAGUUUCUGCUGACACAACUGGAGAUCAGACUCAACAAGGUAAUUGUGCAGAUGGCCAACUACAACCAGAGCACUCAUGAAAUUGCCCGGCCCUCUGACCUGCUUUCUGGGAUUCAAGCAUAUGUUACAAGUCUGCACAGCCUCAGCUGCUACAUUAACAUUGAUGUCACACGACUGGUGAAGAAUGUCUUGUUGCAGCAGACACAGCCACUGGACUCAUAUGGAGCACAGACCAUUACAACGCUCUAUACAAACUGGUUUCUAGAGGGUCUCUUGCGUCAGGCUAGCAGUGCUCUCAUAGUCCACUGUCCAACCACACAGUGUUUUGUAAACCAGAAUACUGAGAAUGAGCAGAGCUUUCAUGCUGAGGAAUACUCUGACAUUUGUGGUUUGCGAUCAUUGGCUGAACUGAUUGGCCCUUACGGACUGAAGUUUUUAAAUGAGAACCUCAUGUGGCACAUUAUAUCCCAAGUUGGAGAACUGAAGAAACUUGUAAGUGACAACAUGGAUGUCCUGGUACAAAUGAGAGCUAAUUUUGAGAAUCCUGAAGCAAUGAGUGACCUUCAAAAGAAACUGACAGGCUGUGAGAAUGUUUUGAAGAGAAUGACGAUUAUUGGUGUGAUUCUGUCAUUUCGCUCUAUGGUCCAAGGUGCUCUGGAGGAGAUCAUGGACAGACACUGCCCAUUUCUAAUGAGACCCAUCAAAUGUCUAAAGGACUUUAUCUACCCUGACGCUGACAUCAAGGUGACACUCAGUGUAUAUGAAAUGGCUUCGGCAGCUGGUUUGCCAUGUGAGAUUGACCCUGCGCUGGUUUCGGCGAUAGCAAACAUGCAGUCAGACAACUCAUCUAUUGAGGAGGAGUUCAAAAUCUCUUGCCUGCUGCUGGUUUUUAUAGCCGUGUCUUUACCCACCCUGUGCCUGGAUCCAAACUCAUUUUACAGCCGAGAACAUGGAGGUCACCAAAACAACAUUCAUUGCUUGGCCACUGCAGUUAACCAUGUUGCUGCUGCUAUGUUCACUGUCCAGAGAAAAAAUAUCCAGACACAACUUCAAGAAUUUCUGAAGGUGGCAUCAUCUAUCUUACUGCAGUUAGGUCAGAAUGUGGAGCGAGUGGAAAUAAAGAACAGAGAUUCAGUUUAUCUCAUUCUACACAUGAUAGUGGAGCAGUCACCGUUCUUAAGUCAAGACAUGCUGGAAAUGUGUUUUCCAUAUGUACUCCUUCGAAACGCUUACAGAGAGGUGCACAAGAUCUUCAUCCACACUAUGGGCUAAACUUAUGAGGAUGUAAAAUCAUGACUUUGUUUUUAUAUGUAUCAUAGUUUAACAA